AUGUUUCUCCUGGUGCAGGUUAUGGAGGAGAAGGAAGAGGAGGUGGGAGGGGCUGGAGAGGGCUCAGGGCAGGCUGCUGUCAGCAGAGGCAUCGAGGAGGUCCAAGUCAACACCAGCCUGCUGAGGCCAAUACAAGUAGAAGUUGACCCCGAGUUCCAGAGGGUGCGGUCAGAUGAGAAGGAGCAGAUUAAGGAUCUUAACAACAAAUUUGCAUCAUUCAUCGAUAAGGUUCAAUGUCUCGAGCGGCAGAACCAGGCUCUGAUGGCCAAAUGGGAACUUCUGCAGGAAACUGCCCGACCAGAAGAGAGCAGGAACAUCAACUCCUUCUUCCAGUCUUACAUCAGCAGCCUGCAGAGGCAGCUCGAGAUUCUCCAGAACCAGAAGGAGCAGCUGGAUCCAGAAGCCUACAAUAUGCUUCAGCUUGUUGAAGAUUAUAAAAAGAGAUUUGAGGAUGAGAUCAACAAGCGUGAGUCGAAAGAAGAGGAGUUUGUGGAGCUUAAAAAGGAGCUGGACAAUGCCUACAUGGGGAAAAUGGAGUUUGACAUUCGGUUGGAAAUCCUGAAGCAGGAACUUGAGUUCCUCAGCUUUUUAUCCUUGCAGGAGCUGUCUCAGCUGCAAACAGUAGUUGGCAACACCAAUGUUGUUCUGUCCAUGGACAACACCAGAGAGCUAAACAUGGAUGGCAUAAUUGAAGAAGUCAGGCAGGAGUAUGAGACAAUUGCUCAGAGAAGCAAAGCUGAAAUAGAUGACAUGUACCAGGGCAGGUACCAGGACCUUCAGAACAUGUGGGUGAAUCAACGGGUGCAACUGAGGAACAGUUACCAGGAAAUCCAGGAACUUACCAGACAGAUCCAAAGACUACAAUCAGAAAUUGAAAUUGCAAAGAAAAGGAAUGCUGGCCUCCAAGAAACCGUCCAGGAUGCUGAGCAGCGUGGGAGCCUGGCUGUUGAAGAUGGCCAGCAAAAGCUUCAGCAGCUGGAAAAUGCCCUGCAGCAGGCCAACAAUGAUCUGACCAGCCUGCUUCAUGACUAUCAGGAGCUCCUGAGUGCAAAACUGGCCCUGGAUAUUGAAAUUGCCAUGUACAGAUCUCUCCUUGAAGAGGAGGAGACCAGGUAG